UUGGGCGCGUUAACCUCACUCUUUUGUAAUUUUUUCUAACCUCUUAAUUUGCAACUUUUGCGCAAAAAUGGAUGAAGAUACAGACGAUAUACUAAAUAAUAUAAUCGACGAUGACGACGAUGCAAAUAUUCAAAUGACCCCAGCCGAGUUAAUACAAAAAAUGGAAGAAAUUUGGAUAAACGAAAAAUUUGCUCCAGAGCUCCUCCCCCACGAACAAGAAAUUGUAGACCUCGUCUUAUCCCAGAUCUCUGCUAUGGAAGACAACGUCGAAACUUUACCAAGCGCCGACUUUAAAAAAGGGUUCUACCAGUUGGAAAUCGACAGAAUUAGAUUUGUAGUUACUAGCUACCUCCGACACCGACUCGAAAAAAUCGAAACGUACGUGUUGCAUGUACUUAAAGAGGACGAGGAGAGGGAAGAGGCGUACUUAUCAGAGGCCGAGCAGCAAUUUGCGCUUAAAUAUAAAGAAGCUUUAGAGGAGCAUUUUGACAACGCCACCAUGUUCUACCCCGGCUUGCCGUUCGAAGAUUGGAAGAGUAACUUCGUCCGGCCAAACAUGAACAGCUUCGUGUUCUUAAAAGCCAAAAGCAACGUGGAAGGUGUGGUCGUGGAUCGGGGCCAAGGGGACGACAACGAAAUUGUAGACAUUAAAGCAGGUUCUCAAAUGCUCAUUUCGUACAAGGGGGUGUCCGACUUGAUUAAAAAAGGCGACUUGCGUUUGAUAUAAAAUUUAUUUAAACAAAACAGUGAUCAAAAAUAAAUAAAUCUGAAAUUUAAGUAGA